UAGGAAAAGAACCUCCCAUUUUUAGAUCUAAAUUUUCUCCUGCAAAAGCUCCUCCAUCAUUUUUACCAUUUCAUACUACUAAAUAUUAAUGUUUUUCCAACUUCGAAUCGUUGUUGCCUUCUGAUCGCCACCUGCGCCCUUCAGCCACCGUGUCUCUGCCGCCACCAUCUGAGAAGAGAAGAUGUGCCCUGAUAUACACAUCAUUGUUAGUCACGAUUCAUUCCCCAUCUUUUACUGAAAAAGUCGCAUUCAAUUGGAAUUAUUGUAAUCAAGAAUAUAUUGCGAAAUGAGGUGCAGCUUCAGAUCAAAAGUGUUUCUAGAUGUUGUGUAGCACUCAAAUUAGCCUCUUAAUAGAGCUAGUUCAUGGUUGUGAACUUGUGAAGUAAUCAUUCUAAUCCACCUAUGGCGCUCAACUUAGCCUCUUAAUAGCUAUUUCAUGGUUGUAAAGUAAUGAUCCUAAUCUUCUGUGGCACCAAACAACGAACCUGUGUGAUGAUCUGCUUUCCUGUUUGAAGAUUAUAUAUAUUGGCCUAUAAAUUGCAGUGGAGCAUGAUCUGAUGAGGCGUACUCUUGCCAGAGGAGGAUUCGAACGGCUAAAAUAUCCCCAUUUGGCACUCUAGUUAGUCUCGGAGCAACGCUUAAGCAGAAUGGACGACAAUGGAGGAAGCAAGAUCACGAGCAUCAGACAAAUUGUUAAGUUCAAAGAAUUCCUUAAGAAAUGGCAGCUUGUGGCUCUGUCCCCCAAGAGCUGCACCACGACACCAUCCAGACGAGGAGCCUAUGGAGGCAUCUCACCUGAGAUCAGCUGGAGGUUAAGGAAUUCAAAUGUACCCUGCGACUCAGAUGAGGAGAGUUGCCAGAGCCUAGAGAUGCCUAGUGACGUUCCAAAAGGUUAUCUUGCUGUAUAUGUUGGGCCGGAGCUUCGUAGGUUUAUCAUCCCCACUAGCUAUCUUGGCGAUCCCUUGUUUAAAGUGCUGCUGGAAAAGGUUGAGGAGGAGUUUGGAUUUGAUCACAGCGGCGGCCUCACAAUCCCUUGUGACAUCGAGACUUUUAAGUAUCUCCUGCAAUGCAUGGAAAAUCACAGAAAGGAGCAAGCUUAUCAGAGCAAUGCAGGUAAGACCUCAUCAUCGGGUUUAGAGGAGUGAUGGUUGCUGAACUGCUUUCAGAUUAGGGAUGAUUUACGACAGUUAAAGAAAGGUUUCUUUAAUACUACAUUUUUCUUUUCCAAAUAUUGAAGAAGCAUUUUAGAUAUAGUUAAUAUUGUCUGUGAUCAUGCUAUUAGCAGGUGAUCAUAGACCUAAACCCCCUCCCCCUCAGUCACAGUCGCUGUCGCAGGGUAUGUAAAAAUUGGACUGACCAUAAUUGAAUUUCAUGGUUUUGCUUGCAUUAAUAUCAAACCCAAUUUCUUACC